UCAUCUCUCAUAUCUCAUCGACCCAAGUUUUCUCCUUCUAUCAGCAUCAUCCGACAAGCUCGUCGUCGGUCUCCUCCAGUUUCCGAUCUCGCGUGCCUUCCUCGCCCUCGUUGUCACUGGCGGCAGUAGCAGCAGCUCCCCGACCUGGACGUCAUCGCUGCUCCGUCUCUUGUCGCUGCCUCGCAAUCAGUUUCGUGCCGUCAUUGCGCCUGUCGACGUCGAGACAGAAGCAGCAGGUCCCCGACUUCCUCCUCGCCUUCAGCAACUCCUCGGCCUCCUUCGCACAACCUGGUCCCAAUCUGUAGAUCGAGUAGGUGCUCUUCUCUUGGAAGCUUUUAAUGCAGCAAUUGUCAAUGGUGGGAGGGAAGGAGGAAUAAUCAUUCAAAGAUUUCAUGAAGCAAUAAAUUUUACUCCUGAUCCAAUAAUUAGAAAGAAAACGAGUUUGGGUGCAAUGGAUGUUGAUUCGGAGCCACUCAAUUCACAAGAGAACGUUGAAGAUUGCUUGAUGACCGGUGUGGAAGAGAAUGUAAAUUGCACUUGUGAUUGCGGUGGCAGCAGUAGCAAGUGUGUUGUUGUGACGGCCGAUGAUAUUAUAAACCAGACAUUUGAAACAUCAGAUGCAGCUUAUAACUUGUAUGUGCGUUAUGCAAGGUGUGUCGGGUUCGGAGUUUGCAAGGGUGAUAUAGCACGUGGAAAAGAUGGAACACAACGCAGAAGGCGAUUUUUUUGCAACAAGGAAGGAAAGAGAGCCGAUAAAUACAUCUCUAAUUUGAACAGGAAAAGGGAGCAUAAAGCGCUAACUCGUACGGGUUGUGAAGCCAUGCUUGCGGUGUACUUUGACGCCAAAACUUCAGCUUGGAGAGUUAAAAAAUUAGUUGAGAAGCACAACCACGAUCUUGUCCCCCAAUGCUUGGUACACUUAAUUCCAAACCACCGUGGGAUGAAUGAGGCUCAAAAAGCUCAGGCAAACACCAUGCACGAUAAUGGUCUUCCAAGCUCUAAGAUAAUGGGACUAAUGGUAGGCCAAGCUGGGGGUUAUGCUAAUGUCGGGUUCACAAAGAAGGAUCUGAAUAACCACAUUGAAAGAACUCGUCGUGCAAAGCUCAUUGGUGGGGAUUCUAAUGCAACAAUUAGCUAUCUACUUGGAAAAGCCGAUGUUGACCCCAUGGCCAUUGCAAGGUACAGUGCUACUGAUGAAAGUCGGCUGGCGAAUCUAUUUUGGGCAGAUGGCAUUUGUAGGGCGGAUUAUCAGUGCUUUGGAGAUGUGCUUGCAUUUGAUACAACCUAUCGGAAAAAUAAGUACAGAAGACCGUUGGUUAUCUUCUCGGGUUGUAACCAUCACCGUCAAACAUGCAUAUUUGGCUUUGCCUUGAUAGAGAACGAACAAACAGCAACAUAUACGUGGUUGUUGCAAAACUUCUUAGAUGUCAUGCUGAACAAGUCUCCUAGUGUUGUGGUCACAGAUGGUGAUGAGGCAAUGAAGGCAGCAAUUCAAGAAAUCUUUCCAAAUGCAACUCACCGAUUAUGUGGUUGGCACAUUCAGAGAAAUGUAACAGCAAACAUAAAAAGCAAAGGUUUUUCUGAUGACUUCAGAAGAUGUUUGUAUGCUCCAUGACAUCCGAAUGAAUUUGAAGGAUAUUGGGAGAAUAUGAUAAAAAAAUAUGGGUUGGAGGAAAAUGAAUGAGUACUAG